ACAUAUCCAGACAAAUAUUGUUAGUUUUUUCAAAGAAAGAAGCGAAGACAAUGAACGUAGAAGAAGAGGUGGAGCGACUCAAGGAAGAAAUCCAAAGACUUGGCAAGAUCCAACCCGAUGGUUCUUACAAGGUGACAUUCGGGGUGCUAUUUCAUGAUGAUAAGUGUGCUAACAUCUUUGAAGCACUCGUCGGGACACUAAGAGCAGCAAAGAAACGUAAAGUUGUUACAUAUGAUGGUGAGCUACUGCUCCAAGGAGUUCAUGACAAUGUGGAAAUUACACUCAAAGCGAUAGCACCACCACCACCUGCAACUGCAGCAGCCAGCAGCAGCUGAUGCAGCUCUAAAGAAAUAUAUUGCACUUAUAAUUCAGCAGCAAAGCUUGAUAUUCUAUAUGUUUUUCAUUAAUGUUAAUGGUGGUCUAAAUCUUGGUUCUGCAUAACAUUACUUUUGGAAACUCUUUGCUCGAUAAAAUUUUCCAGAGUGAGCCCCAACUUGUUAGUGGUAUACCACACCCAGAUUUGUUUACGUUUUCUUCGCUUAUAUUCAAACUUGAAAUAUGGUGUGUAUCAUCCAUUAUUUGCUUUCAAUGGCAUAAACUACGUGUAUGAUUGGAUAAUUAU